UCUUUCACCAAGAAGACAUAAAGAUCCACUGGAAGUGGGUUGAGGCCGUGGAAAACACUCCGCACUGACGAUUUAGGAAUAGCGAGCCCGCGAAACGAGGACUGGAAAGCGGGUGCUCUGCAAACACACUCGGCGUUCAUAAAGAGAUUACAGAGUAACUCGCGGGUAGUGAAACUCGAUAUUAAUCACAACAGCAUUUCAACGGAGUUGAACACUAGAAUCAUCCAUCCUCGUUCUCAUGAAAGAUGUCAUCACAUAUACCUUCUGACUUUCGCCCCUGCGUGCGGCUCCCUGAACCAUACAACGGCACCUACGAACUUCACGAGACCACGCCCGCAAGCUCGACCGUGCCAACAUUCAACCUUCGGCUAUCAUCAGAUUCAGACCAGAAUCAUCUUCCACCCGAAACUCUUCAUCAUGACACUCUCCAAUUCACCGAGUUUUCAAGAGUCGAUGCAGACUCAGUUCCGCUGGAGAAUAAUUCCCCCUGGGCUCGAGCUAAGCGAAGCCCAUCCGCGGUGAUUCAAUGGGAGGGCUCAGUCGCCCCUACAAUCGGCAAUAUCUGGCUUGUCAUGUAUAUGGCUAUUACAUGCUGCCCUGAUCUCGAAGUCUUCAGAUUGAAGUUCUCAGGGGAACAGGCUUUGGAACUAGUCCAGCAGCUUAAGUCGGUCGGCCUGGCCAUCGAACAUCCUCCCCCGUCCGCUCCUCCAGGCAAACCAAUCCCGGUUUCCCACGACCACAAGGACUUCGUCGUGAUCUCUAGGAGUGCAUUCUGGCAAGGAGCCGGCUCUCCGUUUGGAGCAAGACCAUUUUGGGUGGUAGGGUCUGGGAACGGCAGCCUCGCCGGCUCUUCGUACCCUAUCCGUCCUUUGGAUUAUACUAUGACAACUAAGUUCCCUGAUGCGCGAGUUUACGCACGUCACCCCAUCAGACCAGCCAAGCCGAUCCCUGGGUCAACAAUAUACGCUCGUUACAUCCCUCAUUUAAGGGAGACCUUUUCAAUGGUUGCGCUCGACUGGCAAAAUGAAGAACACGUCAAUUAUUUCCACGUUUGGCAAAAUGAUCCGCGCGUUGCACAAAGCUGGAACGAGACGGGAACUCUAGAGCAGCAUCGAGAGUAUCUUCGGAAAAUGCAUGAAGACGAGCACCAGUUUGCUGUUCUUGGAAAAUUUGAUGAUAAUUAUUUUGCUUAUUUCGAAAUUUAUUGGGCAAAGGAGGAUCACGUUGGAGCGUAUUAUGAUGCGGGAGAUUAUGACAGAGGUCGCCAUUUUCUGGUUGGAGACUCGAGGUUCCGUGGCCCACACCGGGUCAAGGCCUGGCACACGAGCUUGACGCACUAUAUGUUUCUUGAUGAACCCCGAACCACCUUGGUAGUCGGUGAACCCAGAGCCACAGGGACUAAAGUCCUCGGAUACGAUCAAGCAAACGGCUACUACAUUGCCAAAUGGAUCGACCUGCCUCAUAAACGUGCUGCAUUGAUCAAAUGCACCCGCGAGCGGUUUUUCCAGCUCUGUCCAUUUCACUACGAAAACUUUAGUUAGUCUAAGUGGAGAUUGACUUUAUGAUUCCAUGCCCAUCUAUGAAAUUUUUGGGCUACGUUCAAAGUAUGCUUAAUAUUUUAGUCAAUUCAAUUCCACACCCCCAGUUGUUUCCG